CCCUCAAUUGAUUAAUUAACAGGGCCAUCUCUAUACCCUGGUAAUUAUUACCCACAGACUGGCACUGUUCUCAGUCUCCCUCUCAUGCUCGUGAGGUUCUUAGUUGCUGCUCUCUCUAUGUAGCUUCCUGGAACAAGCCACUCAUGUCUGCCCCUGUUCGUUUGGCCCACUCAGUGUUUGGCCACGCCUCCCACGCGGUUGGAACAAGCCACUCAUGUCUGCCCCUGUUCGUUUGGCCCACUCAGUGUUUGGCCACGCCUCCCACGCGGUUGGAGCACCCCCUCUAGUGAUACUACACGGCCUGUUUGGCUCUGGGAAAAACUGGAGAUCCCUCGCUGAUAAACUAGCUGCUAAUAUCAAUAGGCCAGUGUACACAGUGGACGCUCGUAACCAUGGCGAGAGCCCCCACACACCCGACUUGUCAUAUGACCUCAUGACCUCUGACCUCGUGCAUUUCUGUCAAUCCCAUAACCUCGAGAAAAUUGUCCUCAUGGGGCACAGUAUGGGAGGUAAGACGGCAAUGUUGACAGCACUGAGACAGCCUCUACUGGUGGAGAAACUGGUAGUCCUAGACUCCUCUCCCAGAGCAGCCCCAGGCACUGACUCCACUCUAGCACUACUCACUGCACUACAACAACUUGACCUCUCCUCAGUGCGGAACAGGAGGGAGGCAAACGCAGCUCUCAAGGAGGCCAUACCAGAUACGAUUGUACGUGAGUUCCUCCUCACCAACUUAUCGGCUGACCCCUCUACUGGUCGGCUGCAAUGGAGGGCCAAUCUCGACGCUAUAGGACGCUACAUGGAGACCGUGAAGGCUGGGAUACCACUGGGAAAAGAGGUCCAACCUUUCAAGGGCCCAACUCUGUUCCUAGGGGGCAAGAACUCCAGUUACAUUACGUCGAGAGAUGUUCCUGAGAUCCAGCGACUGUUCCCAGGCGCUCAAGUGGAGCACAUCGUUGGAGCUGGACAUUGGAUACACUUUGAGAAACCAUUAGAAUUCCUAAAAUAUGUCACAGAUUUUAUCAUCAAUUAGCAAAGAAUAAUUAUUUGUAUUUAUAGCCACCAUUACCUGUUACUGAGCUGACGUGUAAUAACAUGACUCAUGCAGCUAGUGCAUGCCAAGGCCACAAUCUAAUCCUAGAUCCUAGAUCUAUUAUUAUUGUUCCCAAGCAACCGACCAAGCACCCCAUCUCAAGAUGACCCACUCUCCCAAGCCUAACAAACGGAGCCUCCUGGAGAAGCUGGACCUCACCAAGCCUCUCUACUCUGGUAGCAUGUUCAAACAG